AUGGUGAAGUUUCUGCUGAUGAUCAGUGCGGAUAUGGAAAAACUGACAAAUCUGCAGCCAGAAGCGGGCGUCAAUGAUGCUAAUUUCCUCUACUCUUUCAAGUGUAAACUUUGUGCAAAGAGUGGUACCGUCACCAUGGUCCGUGACUCGGGUCGUCCUUUGAGUUUGGCUGAUAGUAAAGCUAGAGAAUUCGCCCCCUUGAUGUUAUUUGAUUGUAGGGGGUAUGAGCCUCUAGAUUUCGUUUAUGGUAGAGGGUGGAAAGCCGAGUCACUAAAGGGAAGAGAAAUUGGUAACAUUGACUUGUCUAAUCAUCUCUUCGAGCAACAUGAUGAAGAGGGGAACAAUGUUAGAAUUGGACAUCCCCGUGCAAAGUUUGAAGUGAAGUGA